GAGCGCAGUGUCUCAAUGCAUGUCACAACCAACAUCCUGACAUCAAAUGUCACCUGCAGCUUCUUCUCAGCUCAGAGCUGCACCAAGCUGCAGACACAGAGGAAGUCUAAACACCUGCCAGGAGGGAUGUGUUCGACACUACGCUGCUGUUUGCCCUGCAGAUCCUGCAGAGCAGAAGAUUCAUUAGAGAGUUUCUCAGACUGUUGGUCCAGUCUCUUGUCCCAGAUCAGGAUGCGGACCGAGACAAACGGAUGGUUCAACUUCAGAAGGGGCCCCAGAGUUCAGCCUGUUGUCAACAACACCAACAACACCAACAACACCACGAACACCGAUGGACGCCGCUCACCCGGCAGGGAGAGGGCCCCAAGCGUGGUCCUCACAUAUGAGCAGAUCCUUGAGGCAAAGCGCUUGUGUGAAGCCAGCCGGCUGCUGAUAGAGAGAGAGGAGCGUCUGUUCGAGGAGAUAAAGGAGUCAGACGAACUCACACAUCAUGAGGAAGAAGUAUGGAAGCUCGCAGCAGACCGCAAUGCACUGGAGGCACUCGUCAAGCAGACUCUGAGUCUGUCUCUCGACAUGGAAGAGGACAGCUCGGAGGCUCUGGCGUCUGCCGUAAAGGCCAUGACCCAGGAGGAGGACCAGGACCGGAAGUGGACACAGAGGGGUCAGACACCUCCGCCGUGGAGGCCCAGCGGCUGGAAGAAGGUUCACGACUCCACGCUUGGCAGCUUGGUGGUGGACCGUUUGGACAGCCCCUCGACGCCUCCUGCUGACAAGGCGGACCAGUCUUCUAUCAACGUGGACGUCAACAGCAUGGGCCGGCAGCUGAAGGACGACUUGCUGGCUGUGGUGCGCGUGGUGAAGAGCUGCUACCCGCCACAGCUGGACAUCUGUAAUUUUUACGCCAGGUUGUACCACCAAGCCUUCAGCACCAGACUCAGAAAGGUCGCAGACUUUGUUCUGGACGACAAGGACUGCAAGUUCCUCCUGCGCUGGGUCAACGAGUAUUAUCCACUAAUCCUUUCAAAGCCGGAGCUGGUCAAUGAGAUCGAUAACAAAGCGUUGGGAAAGCUGCUGCCUAAAGAGUUAUUGGAACCUCUGGAGGAUCAAUACCUGAGCAAACAACAGGAGGAGCUGACGACGUACAUCGGCCGCGUCCUGGAGGAGGCGAAGCAAAAGUGGAAUAAAGGAGAGGAGCCGACAACAGAGGACGGCUGCUUCGUCAGUCCUGUGGCCUACGACAUCAUCCAGUUCAUCAACGGUGGGGUGACUUCAGCUGAGAAAGUUGUUGGAGAUCUGCACAAGGCCCAGAAUAUAACGUGCCAACUGAAAGAUUUAAUGCAGAGGUUCAGGAUCUUCCAAAACGAGGUCAUGAAGCAAAACAAAGCGAACAGCCGGCCGGUCAUCAAGGCGAACCUCGGCUGUAUCGAACAGUUCAGGGACGUCCUCGAUAAGAAGAGACAUCUGUUCACAGAGGAUGUGCAGAGAAACUGUGUGCAUGUUCUGACUGACAUGAAACAAUCUGCCCACGUGUAUUUAUUAAAACCUGUGCACGAGGUCCUCAAGCCACAGUACCGCAAACUAGGAACCAAUGACUGGCUGAGUAAACCAAACCUGUUUGAGAAGCUGCUGGUCAGCGUUGAAGAUGAGCUGCAGGAUCUUCAGGGUGUGAUUGAAUCCUGUCACCAGAGGCUGAUGGGUCAGCUUCAUCAGGAGGUGACGGUAGAAUAUGUGAGAAGGCUCCUGAAGGGACAAGUCAAACUGAAAGACAAGGAGCGGCAGCUGAAGGCCUACGAGACCGUGAAGGACAACGCAGAGAGAGUACACGUUUUAUUCGUCAAAAUGGGAUCAGAGGAGGACUGGUUGAAGGAAAUCCUCACCAAGAUUGCAGAAGUGCUGAAACUCCAGGACCUCCCCGCCAUUCAGAUGCAAGUUGCAUCAUUGGGAACUGAAUACCCUGACCUCAGUGAGAAACAUGUUUCGGCUCUGCUCAAGCUCAAGACCAACCUCUCCAAAGCCGACAGGAAAACCGUCAAAGACAUUCUGUCGGACACAAGAGACGAACAGAGCAAAGACCGCGCAGAACUUCGUCCGUUUUUCUCUGGAGUUCCCGUCAAAUGAGCCUUAAACUACGUUCAGUUCUCCUCAUUUAAGUUAUCUGAAAGUUGGGUUGUACAGUAUCAUGUUUUAUUGUGUGAAUGGAUGCUGAUGUUUUCAAUCAAGUGAUGAUAUCCCAGUGUGGUUCAAAUGUCACGUAGGCCGGAAACAAUAUCGUCUACAGACUGACUGUAAAAUGAUGGAUGAGUGUUGUUGUUACUGUAUGAAUUAAUAAGCGACAUUAGUGCUGGUAAAUAUGGUGCUUUUUACUGCUACAAACAUGAGUGUAUGUGUGUGUUUUGGGGAAAUAAGGAUGUUUUUUGAUAGAGUAUAUUUUUAUUUUACACCAAAUCGAUAUUAUAGUUAUUUUCAUAUCAUGUAUAUUUUUAUGUGCAAUAAUGUGAGAGGUCAAGUUUUCAUUUUUAUAGUUUUACAUUUAGGUAUUGCUCAAGAAAGUGUUAAAUGUAAGUUAAGUUUUUAAAUAAAUUGGGUGAAACCUGUGUGUGA